GCCUAAUUAAAUAUAACGGCUAUAUUUCUUCGAAUUUGAAAAGAGGCCAUAGACGUCGCUUUAAAGUCCAUCACAGCUCUCACCCCAAAUUCUUCACUCCACAAUUCUCAUUUUCUCUGCAAAUUCACACACAGAAUAAGAGAAAUUCUUCAAGAAUUGUCGUAAAGAUGAAUGACCUGAUGACGAAAUCAUUCUUAAGUUAUGUGGAAUUGAAGAAGCAGGCUAUGAUGGAUCUUGAAGCAGGGACUGAUAUUGAAAUGGGUCAACUCGACCCGACUGAUGAAAGAAACCUCUCAAAAUUCUUUGAACAAGUUGCUCUUAUUAAGUCUGAUAUGGAAGAAAUUAACAAUCUUCUUGUCAAUCUUCAAGACCUUAAUCGAAAUACCAAGUCAGCCCCGAGUGCCAAAAUUCUUCAAGGCCUUAGAGAUCAGAUUAACUCUGACAUUAUUACUGUUCUUAGGAAGGCGAAAAUUAUCAAAACAAGACUUGAAUUGCUUGAUAAAUCCAAUCUUGACAACCGUGGCGUAUCAGCAGCGUAUAAAGAGGGAAGCCCCAUUGAUCGAACGAGGAUUUCAGUGACUAAUGGUUUGAGAAUUAAACUGAGGGACAUGAUGAAUGAUUUACAGUGCUUAAGGGGAAACAUUGUAGCAGAACACAAAGAAGGCCUAAGGAAACAGUAUAGUAAUACUAACGGGAAGGAACCGAGUGAGGAAGUGAUUGAAAAGAUGAUGCAAGAAAGGGUUCUUGUGGGUAAAGUAGAGAACCAGGAAAGGCAUGAAGCUGUAAAAGAGAUACAGAAAAGCUUGGUUGAGCUGCACCAAGUGUUUCUUGAUAUGGCUGUCAUGGUUGAGACACAAGGUGAUCAGAUGAACAAUAUUGAGCAAAAUGUAGUUAAUGCUGGUGGAUAUGUGAAUUAUGGGAUGAAGGAGUUAGAUCGUGCUAAUCGAAUGAAGAGGAGGAGGACUUGGGCUUUUUGGAUUGGCGCGUUGGUGCUGGUUUUCUUGUUGCUAUGCCUUAUUGCAAUUCUAUUUUGAAUUCAGGCUUUGGGGCUCUCUAUUGUUUUUUUUUCCAGUACAUUGAGCUUUCGUUUCUUCUCCGAUGGCUAUUUGGAAUUUAAUGGGGCCAAUUUAUGUGAUGAAUUUAUGUUCAUCAACUGUUUGUAUGUAAAAUAGAUUGAAAAUGAUACAUUACAUUUGGAUAUUGCAAUAUAAUUUGAUCAAGAUUUUUUCCUUA